GUUUUUGAAGAAGAAAGAAAGAAAAUUAUAUGUGAAAGUAUGGCGGGGAAAGAAGAGAAUCGAAUAUUUGUGGGAGGUUUGUCAUGGGAUGUCACUGAACGACAGCUUGAGCAUGCGUUUAGUCCAUUUGGCAAAAUCCUUGAAUCUCAGGGUGACUGCAUCAAGUUGAAGUGCAAAGUCAUCUCUGUUCAUAACGUUCAAGCAGAAAGUAUUUAUUUAAGGGGUAUGAUUAAUGAAGGGAGCUGAAGUUAAAACUGAUUAUUUUAAACUAUGUUGUGGAUAAACAGUUUUGUUUGGAUUAAAGGGUCCAUGCAUGAAGGCACAAGCCAUGAGUUUUUUUGCAUUAUUUGUGAAAUUUACUUUUGAUGAGCCUGAAAUGACUGUCUAAAGAAAUAUGGAUUGUUUCUUAAGUGGCUGUUUGUGGUAAGCAUCACACGGAAGCUUUUGUGAAGUCAGUGCCCGAAAGUUUUAUGGCAAUACCAUUGUUUUCUUUCUCAUGGACAACAAAUGAGUAAUGAUUUGUGUCAUUUUGCCUUCCAAGAGGACCAGAGUUUUGUCAAGAUGUCUUUUGCUUUGCUAGGGUAUGUGGAAGCAUUUCUAGACCUUUCUUAGUUGUCAAGUCCUUGUGGAGCUUUACGUUGCUGUACAAUUCUCUAGUUCAUGACCUCUUUUGUUUGGAGUGUGCUUGUGUGGUGCCACAUUUGUCUCUACACUUUAGCGUACAGUUUUCCAGGCCAUUAUGUUCCAAAUGAUGGCAAGGAGCAGCUUUGUAUCCUCAUGCGUGAUUAUGUUUUUUUCUUUCCUGAGGCCAGAGAUACAUGGUUUUGAAUGGGAUUGACAGCAAUGUAUCUGCUGAUGUGGUUAGCCAAUGGUGGAAGAUCCAGUUUUUGGCCUUAUUUCGAGAUUUCUUUUUUGAUUUUCUUUGAAUACCUCAAUUGAUUCUGAAUAGAAACGUUCAGUACCAGAUUAGUUGUGUGCCUGUUUUCCGUUGGACUAUUGAUGCAGUUGUGUAAAUUUUCCUGUCAUCUAAUAUUCUAAACUAGUCUGAAAGUGAGGUCGCAUCAGUUUGCAGACUUGGUCCUUGGGUUUUCGUAUAUCAAGUUCAAAUGUUAUUCUUUCAUGCUUCUAUCACCAUUCAGCCAAAAUUUAGCAAGCCCCAAGUUGUUCUUUUUCUCAUGUAUGUGAUGAAAAUCCUUAGGAACUUGAAAUUGUUGUUCUUUUUACUGGGACUGCGUCUGUACGGCAGAUAAUAGAGCACACGGAGCACUAUGUUUUGAUACACAUAGCAUUAUAUUGACUGUAUUAUCUCCCUCAGCUUUACGACGAGAGCCUGUUCGAAGUUAUCCACUUGUUUUUACCCAGAAUGCUGAAACUAUAGGAUAUUGGACUCACUACUUGUGGCAGUUAGCUGAACCAGCUUUUAACUACUAAACCGAUGCACAUGGACAUGAGAAAUACAUUAUUUUAGUAUAUAUUAUAUCCACAAUUUCUAACUUCACCAGGAUAUGAAUUUCUUUGAACUUCAUGGUGACUGGAGCAGUUAUUCUCUUGAUUUUGAUAAGUUCUGGUAGUGUGAUCAUGCAUCAUUGAUUCUUUUGGCAUUUCUGCUGACUGAAUUAGCCAAUCCCUAGAAGCAGCUAGUUCUGGGCAUGAUUCCCCACUCGAAGAAACUUGUGGUGAGGCUUGUCUUUUAUAGCUUGCAGACAAACCCAUUGAUAUGGAAAAUGCUUUUGGCUUGGCAAGGAUUGAUUUUAGCCCAACGUGGAAACUGUAGUGUUCUAUUGUUUGUUAACACUUACUGAGGGUAAUGUAAGUUUAUAAAGAGGAACAGAGAAACAGAAAAUCAGAAAGAAAACCAUUUGUUUGACUAUAUGGAGCUAAUAACUUAUGCAUGAACUCGAAUGUUGGAUCACAUGGGAAAUGAGUUCAGGUCAGAGUUCUAUUUUAUCAGAUGAGAAAAAGGGAAAUUUUGCAGCAUCUUCUGUUCUGUUUUAAGAAUCUUUUCAAACAUAUCAAUGCAUUACCAACUAUAACAAGGAGAAAAUCAUGUUGGAAAGAGAUACCGGGCGUCCACGUGGAUUUGGAUUUAUCACAUUUGCUGAUCGCCGGUCCAUGGAUGAAGCUAUCAGGGAAAUGCAUGGACGGGAGCUGGGGGAGCGCACCAUUUCAGUGAAUAAGGCUCAACCCAAGAUGGGUGAAGAUCUUGAUCACGGUUAUAGAGGAGGUUACUCAUCAAGUGGCAGGGGUCGCUAUGCAGGUGGAGACAGGCCUGUAGCACAGGAUGAAUGCUUCAAAUGUGGGCGUUUUGGGCACUGGGCCCGAGAUUGCCCUUCAGCUGGUGGUGGCCGAGGUGGGAGUGGCGGCAUGUUCUCUUCAAGGUCAAGAUAUGGUGGGGCUGAUGAUCGUGGUGAUCGCUUCAGAGAUCGUGAUCGAUACAUAGAUGACCGUUAUGAUGGUGGACGCUAUGGAGAUAGAGACCGUUUUGACAGUAGAGAUGAUAGAUAUGGAAGCCGUGAUCGUUAUAUUAGUGACAGGUAUCCACCUACUGGAGAUCGAUUUGGUGAUCGUUAUGCUGGUUCUGAUCGUUUUCCUCAAAAUGGUUUUGGCAAAGAGAGAGGGUAUCGAGAUGUUGCUCCAAGAGGUAAUGAUAGGUAUGGAGCGGGAGGGCCAGCGCGAAAUGAUGGAAGAAGCUACCGGAACAGGACUGGCCCUUAUGAUCGUCCGGGCAUGGGAGGUCGCCCGUCUUCAUUUGACCGCUAUUAACAAUUGUUACGAUGGCUCAACCUUUAGGUUAAAACAGUAUGCUUAGGUACUUUGUUUAUCUAUCUAUCUAUCUAUCAACUGGAAUUUCUAUGAGUGGUAGAAUUUGACAAAUUAAAUUAGAGAAUCUGUUCCUUUUGUUUUA